CCGAGUCUUCACGUGGAUGGGUGACGCUUGUCGUGCAAUGAAGAGGAGUCCAUUCAGAGUCGGAGACAAUGAGAAGUGUGCAGGUGGGGAAUGACAUGAAGCGUAAGGCUGUGAUGCGCCGGCUGCUGCUGCUGACCACCUUCAUGCUGGUGACUCUGGUGCUGAUCCUCCAGCCACACCUCCAGCAACACGGGCUGCUCUACAAGACUGCCUCUGUCACGUCCAGUCCUCCUCCUUCAAAGUCAGAACUGCAGGGAAACUUCUCGGCGGUUGCCAUACCAACAGGACACGCCCUGGUACAGCCUGAGCUGAAGAGGCAUGACCCUAUCAGCCCAGACGAACGUCCGAAAACGUUGCUGCUCAGCAAGACCGUCCUGAAACCGCCGAGCAACCGAACCAACCUGACGCAGGCCGAGGUGUCCGGACCACUGCGCACCCGGUUUCAGGAGAGGAUAGUGGACGCCAAGCAAUGGAGCUGGAACAGGACAGCAAUGCUGGAGCUAAGAAAUGCAGUCCGUAAGGUGAUUGACACCGCCAAGAGCAUCUCCAUCCUGCGCUCGCAGACGCACAUCGGGGACGUCAUGCACUACGACAUCGACAACCACAACACCUCAACAUCAACCAAGGACCUGUACGACCUCCUCCCGGAGACCUCCCCGCUCGAGGGGCGGCUCUUCAACUCAUGCGCCAUCGUGGGCAACUCUGGGAUCCUCCUGGGCAGCGGCUGCGGGCGGGAGAUUGACGGCCACGACUUCGUCAUCCGCUGCAACCUCGCCCCCGUGACGGAGUACGUGAAGGACGUGGGCAGGAAGUCGGACCUGGUCACCAUGAACCCGUCCGUGCUCCCCACGGCGUUCGGAGGCCUGAAGGAGAAGCACUGGGAGGAGAAGUUUGUGAAGAGGCUGCGCAUGUUGGAGCACUCCAUGCUGUGGAUCCCCGCCUUCACCACCAUCAACGGGGAGAAAUACGUGCAAUAUACAAACAGACUCAUCCUGAAGAAUGACCUGAAUAUCAAGACUCUGUACCCCACCAAACACUUGGCACAUUCCAUACGAGGGUUCUGGCUCCAAGCCAAGACGAGGAUCAAGCGCCCCAGUACCGGUCUCUACAUGUACACCAUCGCCACCAGGUUCUGUGAGGAGAUCCACCUGUACGGCUUCUUCCCUUUCACGGUGGACGUCAACGGGCGGCCCGUCAGAUAUCACUACUACGACAACGGGAAGUACAACUUCUACGACAAAAGAAGACCCCAUUCCAUGCCGGUGGAGUUUCAGGCACUGCGCAGGCUACACGACAAGGGAGCACUCAGGCUUUUGACAGACAAAUGUACAUAGUAGUAGAAGUAACGUGCUUCGCCUUGAGGCCUUCGCUAUGUCUCAGAGUUUGCUUGUGUUAUCGUUCUUACAUUAAGAUUGUAUCAGUUAAGAUUCACAGUUCUUAACAGAAGCAAGAUAAUAACUGAAGAUGGAGAAUGUUUUGUUUUACUAACUAUAUACACAAUGUAAAAUGUAUUAAACAUUGCAUUGCUUUUAAUGGGGUUUGAAUGAAAACUUCAUCUUCAAAACAAUUGAAUAUGUUUCAUAAGUUAUGCCAUUUCACUAAAAAUGAUAACAGUUAUUGAUUGAGACUUAUUGUACCAUACCAAAGACAUACAAUCGUCAUGUAACUUACCAAGAUGCUAUCAUGAUUAUAAACCAUGCAUUUGUACCACCAAAAAUUCUCAGUAUACAUGUAAUUAUAAUAAUCAAAAAGUUGAUGCUGAGUAUAUUCUCUCACUGGAUAGUACUAGUCCUGUUGAAAAGGAACAUGCUGUAGAGCAAAGACAAAAUUUUCUUAUGAAAAGAAAGUGAUCUUUUUGAAUAACAAAAAAUAAAACAAAAUGUCAAUAUAGAAUAUGGCUCUUAACAUAUCAAUUUGUGAGGUUUGUCAAAGUUUUGUACAAAAGGCAGAAAAGUAAGAAUUUUUCAUAUUAAAUGCACAGAAAUGAUUUUAAAAAUUGCACCAGCACCACCCCACCCCCUUCACAGUCUAACCCCUAAAAAGUAGAAUCUAAAGUACAUGUAUAUCUAACGUUAGAGAGGAACUUUUUGAUACAAGAGAACACAGAUAGAUGAAGACUGACCUAAAAUGAGUUUGAAUGUCAUUGCCCGACUUCAUAUAAUAAAAUGAAAAAAAGAACUGCAACUCUUUGAGUAGUUGUGAUCACACUGAAGCCAGACUGUCUUUUUUACCCUUUAAAUGAUUUUUUUUAUAAAUAACAAGGUAGGCCAAGAAUAUAGAAUAGAUAGAAAAAUAUCACAUGGUGCUCAAAACAUAAUAAGACAUAACAAAACAUUAAAAAAUGUAUAACUUUGUUCUCAUGUGAGAACAUUUUCUCUGUUGUGUUUUUCCUUUAAACAUGUAACUACCAACACAGGUGAACUUAUAUAAGAUCAUAAGAAUGUGUUAUUGCUACCACACAGAAUAAAAUUGCACACUAGGAAACAAAUGAAAAAGUUGUAUGGGCAUUGAAAUCAGUGACACAGUGUCUUCUUUGAUCUUAUGAGAGUGAGUUCUUUGCAAGAGAUACUUAGGUCCAAAUACACUUUAUGUUUACUGUUGCUAUCAUCAUUGAAAACCACAGUCCGCUUUGUCAGUUGUUCUGGUACAUGUACUAAACCUCUGUACCUGAUGUUAGGUUUUGUAUGCAUCCCCUGUGUUAAAAGGAUGGAUAAAUACACUGUAACAGUAGCAAACUAUAUUUAAGAAACCACAAAUAUGUUGGCGUUAUUAGCUCGGCCUUCAGGAUAGUCUAGAUUGUACACAUAUCUUUAAACAUUCCUUCAAGGGUUUCACCUCUCUAUGCAGAACAGUUUUAUUUUCCCCAAGGGAAGAAAUGCAGAGAGUUUUGUAUGCUAACGUUUUAUUUUCAAAACUAGUAUACCCCAUGGUACUAUUAUAUAGUGAUUUGCUUGCCACAAUCUUGAAUAGCACGAUAGUAUUCUUUAUACUGUACUUGAAUAUAUGUAAUAUUGUGUACUAGCUGCUUGUUUUUAGUAUACAUGGAAAAAACAGAUUCGGAAAAUACCUUCAUGAUGACCACAACAUAAAGAAGAUACAAUUUGUCAGUAGAAUGAGGGAAGACCUUCAAUUUUAUGUGUGGUCAGUAUCUGACAGGAAUAAACAAAUAGAUAUAUACACGUACAGUGCUACAAGACUUACUUUGGCAGCAUGAUACCAGCAUAUUUCAGAUCACUGUCAAAUGCAAACUUAGCUGUUGAGAUUUGCAAUAUUUGUAUACAAAAUUUUAUAGACCUUAUACACGUACAAUGCUUGUUGACCUUCUAUUCAUUUUUGUACAGCUCCUCUUUAAUGAUGCCUUGCCUCCUAUGACUAUUGUACGGGACGUUUUCAUCAUUUUGUAUGUCUCAUAUUCUGUACUAUAUAGUAGAUUUAAUCUAUAUAUAGCAACUUUUUAAAAUGAUCUCAAUCUAUUUAUGGUAAGUUGAAUGGUGAAAAAAAACGUAGAUGCAUAUAACUCGAAUAUGAGGAAAAUUCUUUUGUUUUUGAUCUCAGUGCAUUAAAUUUUAAGGUAGUUGAUGGGCAAAAGAAAACUUUGAAUAUGUUCGACUACUUAUAGUAAACAGUUUUUAGUACUACUGUAGAAAUACAUGUACAACUGCAACCGUUUAAUGCAGUUUGGCAGAUAAUGAUAACUAUAGUUUGA